AUGUCCAAUCUGUCGGAGAUAAUCAAUACUCAAAACAAGCUUGAAGAAAGUAUCUCAAAGCGAUUUGAUGAUCUCCAAGCUCAGAUCACUAACGCUGGGUCUUCAAAAGAUACAGUUGCGAAGGUUGCUGAGGAGCUUCGGAACUUCAGGGAGCUUAUUUUUGGCAUUCUCAGUCUCCUUCGCCAACAAAUAAGGGAAUGUGCCAGGCAAGUUGAUGACAUGGACACAAGGAGUCGCAGGAAAGCCCUCAUCAUAUCGGGUUUACCUGAGAAGGACAAUGAAGAUUGCUCCCAACUAAUCCUUGACGUGUUCAAUAAAAAGAUGGGCCUUAACAAUUUGUCCAAUUCAUCCAUCAAGGUAUGUCACCGACUGGGGGCACCUAGUAAAGAUCACCAUCGGCCCAUCUUAGUCCGGUUCACCAGCCUGGAUACCAGAACAGUAGUUUGGAAGGCCAAAACUAAACUGAAGGGCUCCUCAAUAGCCCUGAAGGAGUUCUUGACGAGAAUAAGGCAAGCAGUCUUCGCUAAAGCACGCCUGCAUUUCGGGAUGCGCUCCGUUUGGACGCAGAGUGGUAUCAUAUGUAUUAAAACGCCAUGCGGCAGCAACCAUAAGAUCACCACAGAAGAAGAGCUGUCCCAUCUCUUCGUCAAGUACCCGAAGUCUCCGGGCAAGUCUUCGUCAAAAGAAACCAACUCUGGUAGUAGAUCC